CUCGCGGGGAAAGAGGCGCCGGAGGCAGCAGCUCUCGCCGCGCCCGCUCCCGUGCGCUGCCUUCCCAUCGCGGGUGGGCUCUGCCGUCCUCCACCAGCCGCGGCCCCUGCCGGGCGGCGGCUCCCGUUCUCCACCUCUCCUCCGCGGGGGCAGCCCGGUCCUGGUGACCCCUCCCGGGGGCUCCCUGGCGGAGCUGGUUGGGGCACUCAACUUUGCCCCCUGGCCGUCUCCCCCGCUGGGAACGAACCUGCUUUCCCCCCGGCCGGCCGCUCACGCAGGCGCCCCCAGCCCCGAGCGCAUAAGCGGGGCACGGCUCUGAGGAAGUGGCAGGGGGCGGAGGCGGCUGCUGCCUCGACUUCCCCGGUCGGGCGCUGAAGAGGACCCUACGACCGCUCCGGGGCUCCGGGCGCCGGUAACUGGCCCGAGGAGCGCGCAUCCCACCUGUGUUGGAGUGUGAGAGUUGAGCUCCAGUGAGCAGAUGGCUGUGGAUCCUUAGUGUGAUACAUGAUCCAAGAAACACUCCAGCCUUUUCCUCCUUGGCACUUUUCCCACAUGACGGGAGGACGAGCUUCUGGUUAGAAGACAAGCGCAGAGCCCGAGCCCUCCUGCCCACCAUGAAGGGCCCCUGUGUCAUCGCGUGGCUGUUCUCCAGCCUGGGCUGGUGGAGACUGGCCCAGCCCACAACAGACGCUUCUCAGUGCCAGAGAGCGGAGCACCCGGUCAUUUCCUAUAAAGAAAUUGGCCCCUGGUUACGGGAGUUCAGAGUGAAGAAUGCUGUGGAUUUCUCGCAGUUAACAUUUGACCCAGGACAGAAAGAACUUGUUGUAGGAGCAAGAAACUACCUCUUCAGGUUACAGCUUGACGAUUUGUCUCUGAUCCAGGCUGAGGAGUGGGAGUGUGAUGAAGCGACCAAGAAGGCCUGCUACAGUAAGGGCAAAUCGGAGGAUGAAUGUCAGAACUACAUCCGGGUGCUUUUAGUAGCUGGCGACUGGUUAUUUACCUGUGGGACCCAUGCAUUCACACCUGUCUGCAGCAAUCGCACGUUGAGUAACCUGACCGAGAUCCAUGAUGUGAUCAGCGGCAUGGCCCGCUGUCCCUACAGCCCCCAGCACAAUUCCACGGCUCUCCUCACGGCCAGCGGGGAGCUAUAUGCUGCUACAGCCAUGGAUUUCCCUGGACGCGAUCCUGCCAUUUACCGAAGUCUGGGCCUCUUGCCUCCUCUACGUACGGCCCAGUACAACUCCAAGUGGCUUAAUGAACCAAACUUCGUGUCAUCUUAUGCCAUCGGGAAUUUCACCUACUUCUUUUUCCGAGAAAACGCUGUGGAGCAUGACUGUGGGAAGACCGUGUUCUCCAGAGCUGCCCGGGUCUGCAAGAAUGAUGUUGGGGGGCGGUUCCUGCUGGAGGACACCUGGACCACCUUCAUGAAGGCCCGCCUGAACUGCUCCCGCCCCGGGGAGGUGCCCUUCUACUACAAUGAGCUGCAGGGCACCUUCUUCCUGCCUGAGCUGGAUUUGAUCUACGGCAUCUUUACCACUAAUGUGAACAGCAUCGCUGCGUCGGCCGUGUGCGUCUUCAACCUGAGCGCCAUCUCACAGGCCUUUAACGGGCCCUUCAAGUACCAGGAGAACUCACGCUCCGCCUGGCUGCCGUAUCCCAACCCCAACCCCAACUUCCAGUGUGGCACGGUGGACCAGGGAAUGUACGUGAGCCUGACAGAAAGGAACCUGCAGGAUGCUCAGAAGUUCAUCCUGAUGCAUGAGGUGGUGCAGCCCGUGACUGCAGUGCCGUCCUUCAUGGAGGACAACAGCCGCUUUUCCCACAUAGCCGUUGACCUGGUUCAGGGCAGGGAUGCCCUCAUCCACACCAUCUACUUGGCCACAGAUUAUGGCACCAUUAAGAAGGUGCGGGCACCCCUGACUGCGACCUCGGGGAGCUGUGUGCUGGAAGAGAUCGAGCUCUUCCCGGAGAGGCGGGGGGAGCCCAUCCGGAGCCUGCAGAUCCUGCACAGCCAGAGCGUCCUGUUCGUGGGCCUGCGGGAGCACGUGGCCAGGAUCCCGCUGAAGAGGUGCCCGUUCCACCGCACCCGCAGUGCCUGCAUCGGGGCCCAGGACCCCUACUGUGGCUGGGAUGUGGUGAUGAAGAAGUGCACCAGCCUGGAGGAGAGCCUGAGCAUGACUCAGUGGGAGCAGCCCCUCUCCACCUGUCCUACGAGGAAUCUCACGGUGGAUGGGCACUUCGGUGCGUGGUCCCCGUGGACGCCCUGCACGCACACGGAUGGCAGCGCCGUGGGAACCUGCCUCUGUCGCACCCGUGCUUGUGACAGCCCGGCCCCCCAGUGUGGCGGCUGGCAGUGCACAGGCCCCCGCAUGGAGAUCACCAACUGCUCCAGGAAUGGAGGCUGGACCCCCUGGACCUCCUGGUCUCCCUGCAGCACCACCUGUGGGAUCGGCUUCCAGGUGCGCCAGCGGUCCUGCAGCAACCCCACGCCCCGGCAUGGGGGCAGGGUGUGCGUGGGACAGAACCGAGAGGAAAGAUACUGCAAUGAGCAUCUGCUGUGCCCCCCGCACGUGUUCUGGACGGGCUGGGGUCCUUGGGAGCGGUGCACAGCCCAGUGCGGGGGUGGCAUUCAGGCUCGCCGCAGGACUUGUGAGAAUGGGCCCGACUGCGCCGGCUGCAAUGUGGAGUACCAGCCUUGUAAUACCAACCCCUGCCCUGAGCUGAAGAAGACCACACCCUGGACACCCUGGACGCCUGUCAACAUCUCUGACAACGGUGGCCACUAUGAACAGCGAUUUCGAUACACGUGCAAAGCCCGCCUCCCUGAUCCAAAUUUGCUGGAAGUGGGAAGACAGAGAAUUGAAAUGCGGUACUGCUCCAGUGACGGAACCAGCGGCUGCUCCACGGAUGGUCUCUCUGGUGAUUUCAUGCGUGCUGGGAGAUACUCUGCCCACACCGUCAACGGGGCCUGGUCAGCCUGGACGUCGUGGUCACAGUGCAGCCGCGACUGUAGCAGGGGCAUUCGGAACCGGAAGCGUGUUUGCAACAACCCUGAGCCCAAGUACGGGGGCAUGCCCUGCCUGGGCCCAUCCCUGGAAUACCAGGAGUGCAACAUUUUGCCUUGCCCAGUGGAUGGCGUGUGGUCUUGCUGGUCCUCCUGGUCAAAAUGCUCAGCAACGUGUGGUGGUGGACACUACAUGAGGACCCGCUCCUGCACAAACCCAGCCCCAGCCUACGGCGGGGACAUCUGCCUAGGGCUGCACACGGAGGAGGCGCUCUGCAACACGCAGCCCUGCCCCGAGAGCUGGUCGGAGUGGUCAGACUGGUCGGAGUGUGAUGUGUCUGGAGUCCAGGUCCGCGCCCGCCAAUGUAUCCUUCUGUUCCCUGUGGGCAGCCAGUGUUCUGGAAACACCACGGAGAGCCGGCCAUGUGUAUUUGAUUCCAAUUUCAUCCCAGAAGUAUCCGUGGCAAGAUCUAGUAGCGUAGAAGAGAAGAGGUGUGGGGAGUUCAACAUGUUCCACAUGGUCGCUGUGGGGCUGAGCAGCUCCAUCCUGGGCUGCCUUCUCACUCUCCUCGUCUACACCUACUGCCAGCGGUACCAGCAGCAAUCCCACGAUGCCACCGUCAUCCACCCCAUCGCGCCUGCCCCGCUCAACACCAGCAUCACUAACCACAUCAACAAACUGGACAAGUAUGACUCGGUGGAGGCCAUCAAGGCAUUUAAUAAAAACAACUUGAUCCUAGAGGAGAGAAACAAAUACUUCAACCCGCAUCUCACUGGGAAGACUUAUUCUAACGCCUACUUUACAGAUCUCAAUAAUUAUGAUGAGUACUAAUAACGCUUACAUUUUUGGCUUCUUGUAAUUCCCUGGUUCCUCGAGGCCUGUGCUCCAUGACUGCCCAUGUUUCGGAGACUUCAGAGAUGAAGUUUGGAUACAUUUCAAGUGCAUUUCAAGCCAGGAGUGUCCCAUUGCUGCCCAAAAUAGAUGUCCUUAAAAGCAACAAAAGUCUAAAUACAACAAUGUGAAAAUCUGGUCUACAAUACUUGUUGAAUGAGCCAUGGUGUGGAGUUAUUUUUUUUUUUUAUUGUGUUCAGUCCAUUUUUCUAACAAGUCAAUUGUUUCCUUGAGCUUUUUAAUAAAUGCAUCGCCUACAUUGGAAGGAGUCUUUAGGAAUAGGAGCCUCUUCUUGCUUUUGAGCAUACAUCUUCAUGAUGUUUUAAUUCAAGAAAAUAGUUCACAUUAUAUGAGAAUACCCCUACACACACACACACAUACGCAUAUACACACACAUAGAGUGCUUAAGUCCAUAGUAUUGCUAAAAUGAAGAAUAUGAAUGUGGCCAUACAGUGAUUCACCAUGGAUCGCCCAUCUUCUCAAUCUGGAGAAUACUGUGGAAUUCUUAGAAGCAACUUGUGUGUUUGGACGUGGAAUGAUUCUUGCCUCAGGAAGCUCAGGAUGCAACCUGGCUUGCAUCUGCAGAGGCGGUUAUAUGAAGUCUGAGACAUUCCACCCUUGGUCUUCAUGAAUUUCCUGUUACCACUCGGGGAGGCACAGACACGAUGAAGGGGAAAUUGUUCUGCAGGUUGCUGCGAAACUAGCCUUAUUCUGACUUUUGGAUUUCAUGGCAUUCCAGGAUUUCCUGGCUGCACAGUUGGCUUGGGUGCCCACCUGUCUGGUCCAUUGUAACGUCCUGGAGAGCCUGUAAAAUAACCAUUUGUUUAGCAUGUGGAUAGACUCCACACCUCCUCUCUCCCUGCAAAGAAAACAAUUUUGAACAUUAAUGAUGACACUGAAGAAAGUAUUGAAAGUACUGAAAUAUGAUUGAAAACAACUUUUUAAAAUUUUCCAUGUUACGGACAGUAUUGAGAGAACUGACAUUUAUUGAAAGUCAACUUUUAUUUCCCAGUAUUGAUAGAACUAAUUGUGGUGACAUGCCCCUACCAAGAGCAUUAAUUAUAUGUAAAGCUCGCUUUCUGCCACCCAUCGCUGUACAUAGUGAACUGCUCCCCAAAUUCCCAGCUGUCAUUGCUGCCUCCGGGUCAAGUGAGGGGGAGAUGUUUAGCUCUGGUGCCUUUUGGUUUUAAUCUAGUGUUGCCUUCCCAUCCACUAACUCCCACUUCUCCUUGCAUGGAGGCCACAUUUCAAGAUAUACCUUGAGAAAUUAGGGUAUUUGGAUGUGAGGUUGUUAAUGAUCCUUGUGGUUCCGAGCAUUUUCGAGUGCUGUACAAUUCAGAGUGAUCCUCAGUAAGAAAAGAAAAAAGAGGAUAAAUUAUUCACCAACAACUGAUGCGUAACACAUGACAGUUGGUUGAAUAAUUACUGAAAGUAAGAACAAGAUUGAAAGUCAUCAUCAAAUGCCUUGGGGCAUUGUGGUAAAGGUGUGGGUGGACAUUGAAAUAUGUUCUUAUUGAUCAAUAAACCUUCAGAUCUGUGAAACUAUAUAGUGUGGGCAUUGAGGAACAUAGACUUAUUAGCAUAUGUGUAUUUUUACCCUACCUGAUUUGAAGAAACAGUUUCAUAAAGUGUUGGGAAAAUCUUAUGUUCAGUAAUAAUUGAAUUCAAAAUAUUCUCAUAUCUCCAAAUUUGAAAAAAUGACUCUAAAAUAAAAAUGUAAAUGCCCGGUGGGCUCUGGGAGGCCUGGUAGAUUUGCAAAUAAAUGGCAUUCCAAGUCUUUGCUGUGGGGAGUUCAGUUUGCAUCCCAUGUAUUCCUUCUGUGCUGUGUAGGAUUUCUCUGUCUCUACAUCGCAUCUAGAGGUGCGAUGUAGCCAGAUGGUUCCCAAUUGUUCCUGGAUUAGAUUUUCACUGGAUUCUUCAACUCAUAUCAUCACUCUCCUGUAAGAAAAAUGUUCUCACUGUGUAUCACGCUAUCUGCUAUUUUGAAUUCCACCCCCUCCCCCAUGUUUCCUAAAAUGAAAAGGUCAUUCUAUUUCCCUGAGGAAAGAGGAAACUAAUAUUUCAAAAAAGCAUCCUUGGACUUCAAGGGAAAUGCUUUCUAAAUGACAUCAACAUGGGUCUUUAAUCAAUCUUCUACAAUGAUUGGGGAAAACACCCUUCAUCCACAACAGAAUUUUCUUGUUGUUAAUUACAUAAAUCUUUUUGUUUAUCACUGCAAAUAAAUCACCUCAUAUGUGUUCCCUAACAUUCUAUUCAAAGGAAAAUUAUCCUGGCUUUUUUUGGCUUCUCUCUCUUUCUCUUUGUAUCUUUCUUCUCUCUUUUUCUUCUUACUUAACAGGUUUCGAUUGGUUUAGAAUCCUUUCAGCUAUAGUAUAAGCAUUUUAACCAGCUGCUUUUCUGUCACUGUUGAGCUCUUGCUAAUGUGCCACCUCCACACUCCACCAUGGCAGGAGCCCUCAUGUGUGGGCUUUCACAGGGGCGCCUACCACUUCUACUGGGACCUCCUUCACACAGCAGCCCUUCUUUCGGCUGGGACGUUUGGGAUUCCUGCCAAAACCUCUGGGGACACUUGUCACAUUUUUUCAUUUCUGUGUAACUUUUUUUGUUCUCUCUUCCCUCUCCUUUUUCCUUUUACUACAAGAAGCACAGUUAUAAAUUAAUACUUUAUGCUCGACCAAGCAAUUUAAUCCCACUAAAGGAACCUGAUGUCAACUGACAUUAAUCACAGGUUAAUUUUUAGGGUUAUUUCUGGAUACAGUUAAAGUUUGGCUGGUUUUCCUUAGGAAACGACUUUUAGUCUCAUUUAAAUUCUUUGGAAGUGGUUCCCAGCAGCGUUCCUUUCUCUAGACCAGACUAGUAAUCAUCUACAGUGCUCCAACAUUUUACAGGAAAGAGAAAAACAAAAUUCUCAUACUCCCUUUUUUAAGGAUGUAUGUUACAGGUGCAUCAUACAUAUUUUUUGGAGCAGGUGGAUCAAAGUUUUAUUCAACGGUCUUAUGUUGGUACAUGCUACAGAAGCAUCAGAAAUGGAGACCUGUUCUCAUUUGGAUAUAAAGUUUCAUUUCCUUCCUUCCUUCCUUCCUUCCUUCCUUCCUUCCUUCCUUCCUUCCUUCCUUCCUUCCUUCCUUCCUUCUUUCCUUCCUUGUCAUUGUUAAAACUGCUUCACAAAUUCACAUAGUUGUCCCUCUUAAUUUAGGUUAAGAAAUUAAUGGUAUUUUAUCUGCUGCAGUUGAUUGCUUUUCCUCUAUACCAUGACUAUUGGCCAAAAUAAAACUUGAACUUCCACACUUUGAAAGAAAGCACAGUCUGAACCUUUAAUCUAAGCACCUACAUUCACCACCAAACACCACCAUAGAGCAUCAGCAGAGAAAAUGUACAAACUUGGUCCAGUGUAGGAGUCUUCAAAGGUGUGUAACAAAACAUGCGUUAUGCCAUUUGACAUGACUUUGGAAAAUGUUAUGAAAUGUUAAAAGCCUCAUUCUCUAUUAAUUUGCAUUUGCUGUUUUAUGAUACAAAAUAAACUUAUUUGAGAUUGUUUCAUUUUUUAAAAGGCCAUCUAUAUGUGAAUCAUGGUGGAGCUUUUUUAGAAGGAAGUAGCAUCGCCUUCCCUUCAUUUGAGUGAGGAGAUGGAAUUUGGUUGCCUUGUUGGAAUGUUUGGGGAUUGCUGACUAUUUCCUCACCGGCCCAGUGAACAUGCCACACUUUUCUUUCAGAUCUUAUAUUCAAUGUGAAAUACAAAUUUCCAGUGGUCUUCAAUUUUGCCUUUCCUGUUCAUCAAUUCACUGGUCUUAAAUGCUCCCUUAAGAGCUGUCCAGGUUGAUACUUAAGAGAGUCAUUUAAUGACACUUGACAAAUGCAUUGCUUUCAAAAAAUCAGUUGAAGACACCAAUUGUGGCAGCCCAGGCAGGGAACUCAUUGCCUAUUUCAUUGGGUCAAUUAUGGGAGUUUAGAGAAGGAAGGGGUGGGCAGGGGGUUACCCAACUAGUCAGCAGAAACCAACUCACAUUCUCCAGCCUCAACUUUGAAGAAAACAACAUAAGUUUAAAUGAGCAGUUGCUACAGAAGUGAAAAUGCCAUGCUCAUUCACUGCUCUUGGUAAAUUGCCAAUUCCUAUAACCCAAACUUAUUCAUCUUUUUUAAAAAACAAGUCCAUUAAGAAUGUUUCAAAGUACUGCUAACAGUGCAACAAUCUUUGUUUCAUAGUAACCCCCUCCUCACCUCGGUCUGGGACAAAAUAAGGGAAUCUUGAUUAUGUACAGUAUAAAUUGUAUUAUAUUUUUUGUACUUAGGUGUUAUGUAAAUAGUUUGUCUCAUUCAAUUGUAUGUGAGCAGUGAAAUAAAGCCUACCAUUUAGGAAA